CUGGCAGUGUCAAUGUUCUGUGGUGGAGUGCUCCGUUGCCAAGGAGAGAGAGUCAAAGCUAUCAGAAACAGGAGGAAGAGUGUAACGCACGCGUAAUAAUAUUAUUAAGCGCUCUGCAGGCAUCGACACAGGUGAUAAAGCUAAGAGGUAAGCGUGAAAUAGAAAUGAUUGCAUACAAAAUCUAAAAUUCUACCAGAAAAAUGAUUGGCAGUUUUGAUACAACAGCGCUGUUUACUGCCAGGAUGUGUUGGUAGUAUGGAGAUUCACAAUGGAAAGAGAUUCUUCGCUUGAUCUUCUUAACCUCUGGAUACUAUAACUGGGAGAAAAAGUUUCUUCCGCUUGGGGAUGAUCCACUUGUCAACAUUAUACCUAUUGUAACAGUAAUGCCACUAUUUAUUUUAUGACACCAGUGAACUGGAGCUUUUUGGUGGGAAAAGGACAAAAAGACAUUUAAAUUAUUUUAUUGCGAUAACUUUUUUAUAUUGAAAAAUGAAUCGAUACACAAUUCUAAAACAACUGGGAGAUGGAACAUAUGGAAGUGUUCUAAUGGGAAAAAGCAAUGAGUCUGGAGAGUUAGUUGCUAUCAAAAGAAUGAAAAGGAAGUUUCACUCUUGGGAAGAGUGCAUGAACCUGAGGGAAGUGAAGUCAUUGAAGAAGCUGAAUCAUGCCAAUGUUAUAAAGUUAAAGGAAGUAAUCAGGGAAAAUGACCAUCUCUACUUUGUUUUUGAAUAUAUGAAAGAAAACCUCUAUCAGUUAAUGAAGGACAGAGAAAAUAAGCUGUUCAGUGAAAAUGAAAUAAGGAACAUAAUGUUCCAAGUGAUCUCUGGCUUAGCUUUUGUACACAAGCAUGGAUUUUUUCAUCGUGAUAUGAAACCGGAGAAUCUGCUCUGCAUGGGCCCUGAAUUUAUAAAAAUUGGAGACUUUGGAUUAGCUAGGGAAAUUAGGUCACGCCCUCCAUACACAGACUAUGUUUCCACCAGAUGGUAUCGUGCUCCAGAAGUGUUGCUGAGAUCUUCAGUUUACAGUUCUCCCAUUGACAUGUGGGCAGUGGGCUGUAUAAUGGCAGAGCUCUAUACUCUGCGACCCCUUUUCCCAGGAAAUAGUGAAGUUGAUGAAAUCUUUAAGAUUUGCCAAGUGUUGGGAACAGUGAAGAAGAAUGACUGGCCGGAAGGCUAUCAGCUUGCAGGGGCUAUGAAUUUCCGUUUCCCACAGUGUGUACCAACACACCUUAGUACACUAAUUCCAAAUGCCAGCAAUGAAGCCAUUGCCCUGAUGAGAGACAUGCUACAGUGGGAUCCAAAAAAGAGGCCUACAACCACCCAGGCACUGCGGUACCCCUACUUUCAAGUGGGACAAGUUUUGGGACCACCUCCACAGUAUGUAGAGCAGCAAAAGGCCCAGAACAAACCAGUACAGCCAACAGAACCGAAGCCAAUAUCCCUGUCUAAAACCGAGCCACACUCUCCACCGGAGCCUAUCAUCAAGGUCCAGCCCAAAGUAAACCACCAACCACUGCAGCAGAUUCAACUGCCACAGCAGAUAUCCAGCCAGCCUGGCCUGCCAAAUAUGACCUACAGACAGCACCAGCCAUACCUACCAACCACAAAUAACAGCCCUGCAGUUAAACCAGCUGCAGCGGGCAAUGAAAAUAGUAUUGUUGGUAGUAAAAGUGGCCGAAGGCACUGGGGGCAGACUAUACUGAAAACCUUGGACAGCUGGGACGAAUUUGAUGAUUCAGACAUUGGUGUCUCCUAUUCAAAAAAGUCUAGUAUAGGAUCAAUGAAGGAAAAAGUAAAUGAUGAGUCUCUCUUUCGGUCUGCAGAACAGAACCCCUCCAAUGCAUAUGGUACUGGAAACAGAGUUACAGCCAAUACCACAUUAAACAGGAUAGAGUCAGGAGUUUCAAACUCAUCUUCAGCAAGGCAACACUAUUUACGCCAAUCAAGGUACCUUCCUGGUGUAAAUCCCAAGAAUUCUUCAAUGGUAGUAGGAAAUAAAGAAUCAUCCCAGGAUCUAUGGGGCAAUUCUUCAACUUUAAUUACUAAACCACUGAGGCCAAUUGGAGGAGGAAUGUCAAUUAACAGAGCCAAUGCAGGGGAUGAAAAAUCAGCUUCAGAGGAGAAAUUGAAAGAUAAUGUUACCUCUCCCGAUAUACAAGCACAUUUUGGAGUGACUCACUAUACUUCUGGAGUAUACAUCCCAUCAUUUCAGAAAAAGGAGGUUGGUUCAGCUGGGCAGAGGAUUCAGCUGGCACCCUUAGGAGGUCCAUCUGCAAAGUUUACUUCUACAUCCGACAUACAGAAUGACAAAACAAAACCAUCCAACCUAAAGCCAGUUGCCAAUAAGGAAGAUUAUGAUGGGUGGAAGACCAAAGCAGCACGUUCGCAAUUGUCAGGCACAAGUUUCAACACAGCUGGAAAAAAUUCUGGUAAUCUCUUAUCCCGAGCACCACCAAUCCAGCCCGUGCACGGAAGAAUAGACUGGGCAGCCAAAUAUAGUACCCAUCGGUAGCAUAACUCGUUUGCUUUUUUCUAUGAGGUCCACUUCUAAAAUGUUUGUGGUCUGACAAAGUGCAUACCAGUCACCCCUAGAUAAAAGAAACAAUAGCUUUGAAUGUGCAUGUGAAUCAUGUAGAGGCUUCCAACUCUUACUACUUGAAAGAGAUUUUUUUUUUCUACGAAUAAACUUUAAUAACCAAUAUAAAAAAUAAAUACAUACAUCUGAUUUGGUAGGUUCCUUCUUAUAAAUAUGUUAAUAUUGUUUUUCAUAAAGAUUGCUGUAAAUAUGGUGGAAUAAAAUAUAUUUUGUAGCUUGUUGAAGACAUUCCUUAUGCCUGUGCUGCAUACUAAAAAUGAAGAGAUUGGCCUUCCUUGGUAAUCAUUUUAAACAUUAAAAAAAUUAAACAGGGCCCUCCCAAGUGUUAAAAUGCAAUUUAAUUAAACCCAGUGUGUAGUGAAAUGACUGGAGUUUCCUACUGAACUGUUUAAAUCAGUUUGAGGUUUUACAUCGGUUGGCCCCAUUUACUUUAAGUAUUCUUAUCAAAUAAUGGUUUAGAACCUGCAUGAAAUUAAUUGCACUGGGCUGCAUAGUUUCUUAUGGAGGGGUACCUGGAUCUCAGAAAGCAGUUACUAGGUGUAUGUUUUCUGCACCAAUCCCCAAUAAAAUACAGCAACUUAUUAAAAAAAUUCAGACACGCUAAACACUUACUGCUUUUUAUGUAAUUUAUUCAUUUCAUUAAAAUCAUUUUUAUUUGUAACUGUUGUCAAACACUGUAUUAAAUGUAUUACAGUCUUGAAAUAUACUGUAGAUUACUAAAAUGUAUGUCAAAUCAAUCUUUAUUUAGUUGUAAUAAAAAAAAAUGUAAUAGUUGGACGUAUAGAUAUUACAUUUUUAGAUACAUAUGCCUAUGUAGAAUGUAUUUCAUUUUUACACAGUAAUGUUUAGCAUAUUUUUCUUGUUUUGUAUUUAUUUCUUGAUUAAUAAAAAUGUCAU